AUGGCGGAAAUGUACUCGGGCCUCCAUGUGGGCCAGCGGUUCGGCUCCUUGGAGGAGUUCAAGGCUUUGGUACGAAGUAUAUCUGUCCGACAGCACUGGGAGCUCCGAGUGACGCGGAGCAAUAAGAAGAGCGUGGUAAUAGGGUGUCGAUCGUCAGCCAAUUGCUUCUUCCGCGUCGUGUGCCGGGCGAACAAGAACGCAACCUAUAUCAGCAGCCUCCAAGACAGUCAUAGCUGUCGGCGCAAUGCGACCUCCACCCCUAAAACACCAGUUCGCUCGGAGGUCUCGCACGUCCGAUUUCUCCUAACUGAGAUCCCCAAGCUGUUCGACAUGAGAAACACCAUCAAGGCCCAGGAGGUCGUCGACGCCGUCAAGCGCUACCAUGGAUACGAGAUCUCCAUGAGACAAGCCCAGCGGGCUCUCAUCCGACUAGAACAUCAGCAAUCCCAGACCCAGGAGGAGAGGGCAAACACCCUUGACUCCAGCGGCGAUGACCAGGCGGACAUUCAAGCUGCGUCCGAAGAGCAGGCCGAGGGUUCGACGUACAGCGGCCUUUCCGGACAGAGAUGGCUCCCGGAGAGUAUCCAGAACAGCCUCAUGGAUCCGAGUAACCCGGAUCUUCAAGCUUCGCAGCUUCCCGGCGAGACAUUGCAACCGCAUCUCCCCAAUCUCCAACACCAACACCACCCGGUUCAGCACCCGUCGGGCAUGCAUUCGCAGGGGCAAACGUCGCCAGGCUUCGCCGUCCAUCACCAUCCGACAGCCACCUCUCAUCAGUCUGCCUUUGGAGUGCCGACCUCCAAUCACCCAUCCACCCCGCAAACCGCACACCCCAAGCCUCAGCGACGAUACUCCAGUGGCGGACAUCCGGCUGCGGCGCAACUAGUCCUCACUAACUUCAAGAUCGAGUUCACCUGCACCACGUGUGGCGCGCUAAACCAGAGCUUCUUCCCCAAUCAUGGCAACGUCACCGGCGGGAACUAUCUGCCUCAGCAUGCUGUGUCAAAUCCGGCCGGCGCGGCAGACGUAGCCGGCCCUUCUACACAAACCGUCCCGGGUACUGCGGGACACGAACGUGUUGACGAUACGCAUGGGUUCGGCGGAGUGCGAGGGGUACAGUCAUCCCCAUGGGCCCCUGGGAGUCUGGAGGUUCCUAUGCCGUCUGCACACAGCUAG